AUCAGUCGCGUCGCGUCUUCCCUCCUCUCUCUCGCGCUCUCUCGCGCGCGCUGCAAGCAAGCAUUCAUGAUGGGAGCUCUGCAAAUCCCUGCUUAGCGAUGUGAGGCAGCUAGAGCACUCCUCGCAAAUCCAUGCUUGCUCUAGCUCUGGUAAUUUCUGUGAGCGGUGUCUCGUAAAGGAGGGCAUUUUGGUGUUUAGUGCCUGCUCGUCCUGGCAAACGUCGCAGCGCGGAGCUCGUUUUAUCCGCGCUCUAGGAAAGUGUUGCUGUCAAAAAUCUCAUUCCCGGCCUCUUUUUUCUAUCCUCCCCGCGCGUACUUUUCUGGCUAUGGUUGGUAACUCUGGGCUUGCCGAGGCAAAUGCGGCGCAGUUCGUGAAGGAGAUGGAGUAAUUCCUUCGAGCCUCGUCUUGGAUGCGUGUGGAUCUGAAAGGGCAUAAGGCUCACUGCUGCUGACCAGGUAUUCACCUCUCGUUCUAGCUUCCAAUUGGGGGAAAGUUCGGAAGCGAGAUAUAUGGACUGCGUGAUGCGCUCGCGGCCUCGAGAUUGGAUCUACAGGGUCAGUAGAAGCUAGAAUUCACGGGACAGGGAAACAGGGACAGGAGUUUUUUCACAGCCAUGGCGAGCCUCACUCCAGGGGUGCUGGUGAAGCUCUUGCAAAACAUGAGCUCUGAGACCAAAGUCGCAGGGGAGUAUCGCUCGGUUUUGCUGCAAGUCAUUGGGAUUGUUCCUGCGCUAGCCGGAGGAGAGCUUUGGCCGAAUCACGGUUUCUACCUCAAGGUGUCAGACUCUUCACAUGCAACUUAUGUUUCGUUGGCCGAGGAGCAUGACGAUUUGAUUCUCAGUGACAAGCUCCAGCUCGGCCAGUUUAUACACGUUGAUAGGCUUGAAUACGGGUCUCCGGUUCCGCUGCUCAAGGGUGUGAGAGCUCUUCCGGGAAGGCAUCAAUGCGUUGGUACUCCUGAGGACCUCGUGGCUACAGUUAUUCCCAACGUCAAGAGUGGACCGGCGAAUUUAGUUCCCACCGUGGAUGCCAUCGAGAAUGCCAUGAACAGGAACGCUAAGAAGAAGUUUGAUCCAUUUUCUGCGGAAAGCGUUGCAGCCAAGUUUGCUGAGCGGGCUGUUAUGGAUAAUCCGGGAUCAAAACACUUGAGUAGAGUAGGGACGGCCGAUAGUCUAUCGAAAUCACUGGACAGGGAUGGGUUUCUGAAGAGCAAUGACAGGCUAUCUCGAUCAGUUUCUUCUAAAGACAGAACGUCUUCUAGGUCCAAGCUCGACUUUGACGAGAGUUACACUGCUUCUACGCCUUCGAAAUUAUCUGCGAAAUUAUCUGUGACAGUAAAGGACAAAGCAGGUACAGGAACCAAGGCAAAUUCAGACAAACUUCCAGGCCGAAAUGUGGUUAGCUGUUCUGAAGAUAGAAAAGUUCCUUACCACGAGCUUCCUCUGCCAAGGCCGACUUUAUCUCCUGUCUCUACUCGAGCGUCUACAAAAGGUUUAAAAAAACUUAGCAGUUCACCGGAAUCAAAGAAGAGGAGAUCAGGGGUGUCACUAAAAAUUGAAGUGUUUCCAGCUAGCACGAAAACGUUGCGUAAAAGCUGGGAGGGCGUGGUCAGAUCAAAGGAAGGGAAGGCCAAGACAUCGUCAAGAUCUCCCGUAUCAAAGAGUUCCGUUUUAACUUCAGCAAAGCUCAAGCAGAAAAGCGAACCUCCGCCUCCAGUUCCAGCUCCAGCUCCCAGUCAGACUGAUGGGGUGUCAACCCCCAGAAAGGGAAACAGAGUAGCUGCAAAAUCCGGGCAGUCGACAAGGGAACCUGAGCCUGUUCAAAAGAGUCAGCCCGGUGAGAGCAAUAUCAUAAUCAAUAGCAAGAAAUGGACGGACGGAAGCGUUUCAUGGGAUUCCCUCCCUGCAAACCUGGCUGAGCUCGGAAAGGAAGCUGUCCGCAGGCGUGAUGCGGCUUCAGCUGCUGCAUCGGAGGCUUUGCAAGAGGCAUCCGUGGCGGAAUGCGUGAUCCGUAGCAUCAGUAUGUUUGCAGAGUUAUGUUCAACGUCAAAGCCACAACUCCCGCAACCAUCAGUGGAGCAGUUUUUUGACUUCCAUCAGAGACUUGGUCAGGCUUUUACGACUGCGCAAGCUCUAGCAGUCACAAAGAAAACAGAGACGGAUCAAAAUGAGGACUCGAGUAACACGGAGUCGAGCAUCACUGCGUCGCCCGUCAGUGCUGCUGCCGCUAUGUCGGAGGACGACGCCUCGCGAAUUUCCAAAGAAAAAGCCAAAAAUUCCUGCCAGUGGAUCGCUACGGCAUUGUCGACGGACUUGGCCGCAUUCUCAGUUUCAAGCAAGCCGAUAGGAAGCAAGACCGGGACAAAGAAGGAUUCGUCCAAGACAGUCAAAGGCUCUAGCCAAGCUGUUCUAGUUCUCGAUGGAGGCUUCAACGCAGCGUCCUCGCCACAGCCAGCUUCCAACAAAAAACAAGUCCCGGCAGAAAAGAGAAAAGGUGGCGAUGGCUCAGAAGUCGCCGGAAGGCCUCCCUCGCCUUUGAGAGCUUCUACGACGAACCGAAAGAACGGUGGCAAUGCAGCUGUUCCAGCAAGAUCGACUCUAAAGUCAAGCACCAAGACAAGUAGCAACGAGCCAUCGGUUCCCAAGCCGGCACCGGAGCCAGUGGCCAUGGAAUGGGUGAGAGGAAACGGUCUCAAGGACACUGCCGAGCUAGCGAUGCAACUCCAGCUGGAAGCACAGAGCUGGUUCGUCAAGCACAUAGAGGAAGCACUGGACAAUGGUUUCCAAGCAAGCGGAGCUAUGGACGCCGAGCAAGUAACCGGGGCUCAGCAGCAGCAGCAACAGCAGCAACUACACAACAGCCAGCUCGCGUUGAUGCUCUCGCAACUCAAGAGAGUGAACGAUUGGCUGGACGCUACAGGCAGCGGCAAAGGCGAGAGCUCGUUGGAGCCACAGUUUGUAGAAACGCUGGCGAGAUUGAAGCGGAAGAUCUACGAGUUCCUCCUCCAGCAUGUCGAGUCGGCAGCGUCGGCUCUGGGCAGCCAGUCAGUGAUGGUGUUCGUGAAAGACUCGUCGACGAGAUAGAAGAAGCUCUUCGCUGGAAGACUCGAGCUCUUCUAUAUCUCGGUUGGAUGGAAGACUCGAGCCUCUUUGGACGGGAUGGAAGGCUCUUCGUCGAGAUAAAAAGCUUUUCUUCUCCAGCUGGAAGGAAGGCUAUGGUGGCCGAAAGAGAAGAAUGGUUUGAAGCUGGCAUUUGUUGUAUCAUUGGGAGGAAGCUGCGCUGGAUCUAACUUCGCGGACAGGAACUAAGUUCCAGGAAGAAGAAAUUUUCCAGGAAGAAAAAGGUGAGAACAAAGUUUACAGGAAGAACACAAAGUUUCCAGGCUUGGAUUCCUCCCCUUGCAAAGUUACAAGGAAUGUACAGUAUUGAUUUGUGUCGAUUCCAUUCUCUUGUCGUUU